CAUUCAGUAAAAUCACGGAAGGUCUUUCAUCUCAGCGUCACUUUUGCUAUCCUUUAAUAUCCAAAAGACGAUCGUCUGUGGGAUCUUGCUGAGUACGUACCCGCCGCUCCCAGGAGAGUGGCCGCUCUCAGCGCCUCAUUGUUUCUGGAGCGCUUUGGGGUGCCCUUGGUGGCACGCAGAGAGGAGAACGAGAAUGACAUCAUUACCUAAGCGAUGUUUACAGAUCAUUUGACGGCAGGCAACGCAAAACAGCGGCAAUCCGCCAGUAAUUUUGUGCAGCAAAUAGCAAAAUAUCUCAACCUUCAGUCCAACAGAAGGCUAACGUUUAAUGAACAGCACGGAGAAAUGUGUGAGAUAUAUUUCUUUUUCCUUUACAUCCAUCUGCUGUUUGGAUGCACUUGUGUUUUGAAUGCAUGUUGCCCCGGUUAUCCCAGGGAGAAGGGUCGGCACACACACAAAAAAACCCCUGACAUCAGUGAGAAGAGAAACAACGCAAGGGGAGAGCCUGUGAUUGGUUGGAGAUGACAUAUUUGCCGUACCUGGGCUAUUUUUAACAGCAUUACCUCAUUGGAUUGAUGGGAGGAGAGGCAGGCUGUUUUAUACCAGUGUCAGUUACAGAGAGAGAGGGGGAGAGAGAGAGAGAGAGAGAGAGAGAGCAUCCUUCAUACACAGAACAACACUCACUUCAACAGCACCAACACCGCUCAUCAAAGCAACUGCUGCCGCCAAGAUAUUUAUCUGACCAGCAAUUCGAACGCAACGCAAAAGGAUCCGAUGGCGGGAGACAAGCAGCCGGUGAAGGCCAUCAAGGCUGAUGAGCUGGCGGCCAUGCUGGAGGGCAAGACGGAGAAGGUGCUGGUCAUCGACUGUCGUCCUGUAGCCGACUACAGCAUCCUACAUGUGCUCAAUGCCAUCAAUAUCUGCAUGUCGAUGAUGGCAGAAGGCAGAGAGUGGCUCAUCGACCUCCUGCAGCCUCACUCACUGACGGAGGGACAGGAACUGGUGCUGUACGACCAAGAAGCAGAAGGUGCCCAGACUCCAGUGUCCAUUGGCAACCUCACCACCCUUCUCAGAGAAGUGGAGGACCAUUUCAGCAACGUGUAUUUCCUAAAAGGAGGCUUUGUGGAAUUUUCCUCAUGCUUCCCAAGCUUAUGUGAAGGGAGGUGUCCUGGUUUCCUCAGUUCAAGCCUCUCGCAGCCUUGCCUGUCCACGUGCGAUGUGGGACCCACACAGAUCCUCCCGUGUUUCUACCUGGGCUCACAGAGUGACGUCCUUAACAAGGAUUUAAUGGUUCAGAACAGGAUUACUCACAUCCUGAACGUGAGCAGCAAUUGCCCGAAGCCGGCCUUUAUCCCUGACAGUCACUUCCUGAGGAUCCCUGUCAAUGACAGCUACUGUGACAGCCUCCUCCCCUGGCUCAACAAGUCCGUGGAAUUCAUAGACACAGUGCGCUCCAUGCAAUGCCGGGUCUUGGUUCACUGCCUGGCUGGGAUCUCAAGAUCUGCGGCAAUCGCAAUCGCUUAUGUCAUGAGGACAAUGGAUCUCUCCCUGGAUGAUGCCUACAGGUAUGUGAAGGACCGAAGGCCCACCAUCUCUCCAAAUUUCAACUUCUUGGGGCAGCUGGUGGAGUAUGAGAAAGCCAUCCAAAUUCAAGGUUCUGCCUACGUGGAUAACGGAGUCCUCCUUCCUGGCGAUGCCUCGCGAGACAUUGGAACCCCCAAGCCUGACACCAGCGAGGAGCCAACUGAUGAAAGUCCAAUGGUUGCCUCUCAGCUUUCCACCCAAAACGUUCCAGACCAAUGCACAGCUCACCCAGACAAUGACACAAGCAACCGUUCCGAGAAAUCUGGGGAGGGCACCCCCGAGAUGGCAGCUUUGCACCUAGGGCUUACCAACCUCCGACUCUCGCCAGAGCGCGCUGCGCAAGCGACCUGCAUGAAGCGGUCCUUCUCGUUGGAUGUGAAGUCUGCCUACCCUCCGAGCCCACCUGUCAGCUGCUUCCAGACCCCAGAGAGAAGUACUGUCCCGAAACUGCUCGGCCUAGGGAGCAAGCUGGCAGCCGGCGCCUUCAACCCCUUCACCCUGUUGUUCGGGAACGUCAGGAAAGCCCGCGGAAAAGAAGUCACCGCACCCAAAGGAGCCAUGCGGACGCUCAAGCCUCAGCAGAAAUGUGGCGGCCUCCAAGUGCCUCCUCUUCCCACCAGCCUUGACCAAGGACUGACUCAGCCAUCUUGCCUGGUUCACAUGAAAGAUGGUGGUUCAGAUACUUCCAGAAGGCGACUGCCUCUGACCUUGCCCAUUCCCAAGCAGGCAAGCUCACCCCUUCUCAAUUGCAGCUCGUGCCUAAUUACUGUGCACACAAAGAGGACAGAGCUAUCGUUGUUCGAUCACCCAUACAGCGAUCCCAUUAAAUCUGGCCACGUCACGGGGAAUGCAGCUCUCUACACUGAAAACAUGGUGAAAUCAUAAUGCCACCUAACAAAAUGGACAAAUUCAACUCAUACUGAAAUCUAUCCAAGCUGGGUGAGCUCCUCUUAAGAGGAAGAUCGAAGAGGUCAAAGAGCUGCCGUCUGACCUUUCACCUGCCUCACUUUGUUGACUUUGCCGUUGGUUGUGGACUCCCCAGACCAUAUUGGGUUGGCUCUCAGUCAAAUCUCACUGGAAGCAUCAUUAUGCUGGAGCACAGUUUCACGCAGAAGCUGGUGUGCACCUCCAUAAUAAACGGUCCGUGCAGGAACUUGGUGAACAUGCCUGAAGGCUGGAGAUCCUCAUUUCUUUUGUUAGUCAAAUUUAAAACUUGAAAUUUGAGAAUUUUUGGAAUUAGGACCAAAAAUUCUUGGGGAAAAAAUGGGCUCAAAGCUCUUUUGAAGAAGAGCUUAAGGCUAAAACUAUUUCCGGGGGUAUGCUGAUACUGGAUCACAGCAAUCCAAUUCUACUCAGACCUCCAGUGUUGGUGGCUGUUAAUAGUGAAGGUUUCUGGACUUUAGUUAUACUGCAUGAAAGGCAGCAAAGCCCACACUGCUGAGAUGAUGGGCAUGUUAUUUUUGGAACUGAAAUGGACAGCAGUGAAUCACUGAAAUGGAUAGAAACUUUGAGUUUUAGACAAUACUCUGUGUGUGUAUUGAGUGGAAUUAUGUAUUGCACAGUGAAGCACGAUUUGCACUGCACUCUCUCCGGAAGCUAAGCGAAGAGACUGAAAUGCUACUUUGUACAUGAUUUUUGAAGGGGUGAAUGGCCUCUGUAGGAUUCUUUUGUCUUUAUACAGGGGAAGUGGGUGGGUGGAGGGCGAUGUAUCGAGAGGAAGCCAUGAACAGUAUGUGUUAGUUCAGAGUGGUUGUGUUAUUUGAUUGGGUGUUAGGUUAGGUUUCUUACUCCAUGUUCUCAAAGGGUUAAAUGGAUCUCUGCCUGAAGAGAGUUCAUCAUUUUCUUACUGACUCCCAAAUGAAAGUCGAUGGGUGAGGUUUAAGCAGCCAAAUUCUUCUGGUGGUAGGGCAAGGUCCAAGUCUGAAAUAUUUAUUGUGAGGUCUGUUGAUUUAUUUGCAUUGGUUCAUGGGAUGUGGAAGUGACUGUCAAAGCCAACAUUUGUUAUGCAUCCCUGUGGCUUGCUGGGCUAUUUCACAGGUUCAGUUAAGAUCCAAUUCUGUUGGCAGGUCUGGAGUCACACACAGGCCAGAGCACAGAAGGACAGCAGAAUAACUCCUCUGAGAUUUACCCUGUGAACAAAGUUCUCCCCACGUCUGUGCCAGUAACUUUCCCAUUUGUCUGUAACUUGAGUGAAUGGUGAAUUGUGGCUCAUAGGAUCAACACGUGUAGUAGAACGCACCACUUACCAAAAAGCCCAAUGUGUCAACAUUGGGCUGGAUUUUUAUGACAAAGGUUUUCAUGUGGUGUCCAACGAUAACAAGAAGGUAUACACUUAUUUCAACGUCUUGGUACCUUAAGUAGCCAAUCUCAAGAUCAGGUGGUUCUAACAGUGAGAUAUUGGCCUCGUGUUUAUAGGGCCCAGUGGUUUUACUGACCAAGAGCAAUGAUUUUUUAUUCAGAAACUCUGAUCUGAAUUACAUGGUCUAUCUGUAGCUGGGAGUACAGAAGAAUGUUGGCCAAGUGCUGGAAAACAGGAUAAGCAUAGAGAGGUAUCAAUGACCAGCGUGGGUAUGGUGCCUCUCACUCAAAGGUAGGGUUCAAAUAAAACAGUUCAGGGGCAGGCAGAUAUCCUGGCAGCCCACAACAGUCUGUCAUUGAAACUUAGGAUGAGAAGGAAACAGACAGUUAAAAAUAGUAAAUUUUAUUUUAAUUUAGAGAUACAGCAUGGUAACAGGCUCUUCUGGCCCAAUGUGCCCACGCCAUUCAAUUACACCCCUGCGACUAAUUAACGUACUAAGUUGUACAUUUUUGGACUGUGGGAGGAAACCAGAGCAGCUGGAGGAAAGGCAUGCACUCACAGGGCGGUGGCAGGAAUUGAACCCAGGUAUAAUGGUAUUACACUACGGUGCCACCCCUAAAAGUCGGGACCCCAGCGUUAUAAAUCCUCUUCAUCAUGAGAAAUAUCUUUCAUUUACAAUAUCCAUUUCUGGGCAAGUCUUUUAAACCAUCCCCAUUAAACAGUCCGAGCAUUUAAUUUUAAGACACUUGUUUUAGUCUCGAAGUAUAUCUGGAAUUUUAAUGUUAUGAUCAUUAUUCUCUACUUUCCUUCAGCCUGGAAUGUUGACUGUUUAUUCCCCUCCAUAGAUGCCGCCUGACUUGCUGAGUUCCGCCAGCAUUUUGUGGGCAGUGGUCAAGUAUUCUAGCAUCUGAGCCUAACUUUUAGCAUUUUCGCUUGGUGUGAACUGAAGACCAGGAUGGCUGGAAUCUUGUGUAACUAAAAUUAAGCUCAGCAGAGACAAAAGGCCAAAACUAUCUUCAGUGAGGUGAAAAGGAAGUAAGAUGCAGAUUAUUAGGGUGACAUCAAAGAACUAAGCGCCAGCAACCCAGGUCCAAUUUCUGCCGCUGCUUGAAAGGAGUUUCUAUGCGCUCCCCCAUAACCAUAUGGGUGUCCUCUGAGAGCUCUGGUUUCCUCCCACAUUCCAAAGAUGUACAGGUUAGGAGAUUAAUUGGUCUCAUGAGUGUAAUUGGGCAGCACAGACUCAUUGGGCUGGAAGGACCCGUUACCAGCUGUACCUCUAAAUAAAAUGAUUCCCCUUGCUCCUGGAGCUGUCUGACAUUGGAAUUGGAAAGAAUAUACUAUCAAUCUUACAGAGGAGACAGCACAUUCUCAAAGUAAGUGCUGAGGGAGGUUUGCUUUGCAUCCGUCUUGUUGUCUUCACCCUGAGGUUUACCCUGCGUUUAAAUGACCUACAAUGCAUUGGAGCAGCAUGUGUGGGAUUUUGUGCAUGAUGAUUGUUGUCAUCGUUUUGUACUUAAAUGUUGAUUAAAGAUGUUCUUAUUUUGUAUUGGUCAGUUUAUUUUUCUGUUUUUGAUUUCAUUCUGGGGAUGAAGAACAGGACCUGAACAUACACUCAGUGGCCAUUUUAUUAGGUACACCUGUACACCCACUCAUUAAUACAAAUAUCUAAUCAGCCAGUCAUGUGGCAGCAGCUCAAUGCAUAAAAGCAUGCAGACAUGGUCAAGAGGUUCAGUUACUGUUCAGAACAAACAUCAGAAUGGACAAGAAAUAUGAACUGAAUGAUUUUGAUUGUUGCUGCCCGACAGGGUUGUUUGAGUAUCUCAGAAACUGCAAAUCUCCUGGGAUUUUCAUACACAACAGUCUCUAGAGUUUACAGAGAAUGGUGCAAAAAUCAAAAAAAAGAUCAUCCAGUGAGCAGCAGUUCUGUGAGUGAAAAUGCCUGGUUAUUGAGAAAGAUCGGAGGAGAAUGGCCAGACUGGUUUAAGCUGACAGGAAGGCAACAUGAACUCAAAUAACCACACAUCACAACAGUGGUGUGUAGGAGAGCAUUCCUAAAUGCACAACACAUCGACUCUUGAAGUGGAUGGGCUACAGCAGCAGAAAGCCACACCCGGUUCCACUCCUGUACCUAAUAAAGUGGCCACUGAGUGUAUUUCCUCAAUGUAAUUUCUUGGAAUUAAUUCUUCAAUGUUUUCCCUCUGCAAAGAAGGUGUUUUUUAUGACCUGUGGGGAUUUUUUGGCCAACUUUGUAUAUCUAGUUGUCUAGUCCCUGAAUCCAACCUGCUCUCCCUAUCUUCAUCGAGAUGCAGCACAGAGCGUCAUAGGAAGUCAGUCCAGUCUGUGGCCAUCAAACUUUACAACUCCUCCCUUGGAGGGUCAGACACCCUGAGCCAAUAGGCUGGUCCCGGACUUAUUUCCUGGCAUAAUUUACAUAUUACUAUUUAACUAUUUAUGGUUUUAUUACUAUUUAAUUAUUUAUGGUGCAACUGUAACGAAAACCAAUUUCACCCGGGAUCAAUAAAGUAUGACUAUGACUAUGACUAUGACAUUAGGUCAAUACCAGGAGCUGUCUGAGGAGCCUCUCUCCAAAACUUUAAUUCAGAAUUAGAAUCAGAUUAAACAUCACUCACUUAUUUCAUAAUAUUUGCUGUUUUGC